UGCACCGACCAACACACAAGCACACCCCGUUCGUUUUAAUCCGUCGUCUCCAUCUCCAACCCUAUAACCUCUUCCUGUAAACGAAACAAACACGAAAUCGAAAAAAAACUUGAGAGCUCCGAGCGUUUACUGAUUCCAAUCACUUCUUGAAGCGAAGCGAGCUUCCCUCUUCAGCUUCCGAGUUUCGGUUUACGAGUCUGAUUCAAGAAAGUUAUGGGAGACAGCGAGGCCAUGGUUGCCCAGGGAUAUACCUCUGCACCAUAUGGAGAUUAUAAUACUUCUGCUGCUGCUACAACUGUGGAAUCUACAGGGCAAGAAAACGCUUCUUUGGUCAAUGGGACUGGCCCUGAAGGUGGUUCAAGUGCGCCAGUGGAGAAUGGAAAGGUAGCAGAUAAGGUGGCUGUAACAGCUCCAGGAGCGGAGCAUGGAGACAAUGCUGUCUCUACGCUUUCACCGGAAGAGGAGCGCCUAUGGAGUAUUGUAAGGGCUAAUUCUUUAGAGUUCAAUGCUUGGACUGCCUUAAUUGAAGAGACAGAGAGGAUAGCUCAGGACAAUAUAGCGAAAAUCCGGAAGGUGUAUGAUACUUUUCUAGCUGAAUUUCCUUUGUGUUAUGGCUAUUGGAAAAAGUAUGCGGAUCAUGAGGCUCGCGUGGGGGCAAUGGACAAAGUCGUGGAGGUUUACGAAAGAGCAGUGCAGGGGGUGACAUAUUCAGUGGACAUUUGGGUGCAUUAUUGCACUUUUGCCAUCAAUACAUAUGGAGAUCCAGACACCAUCAGAAGGCUUUUUGAACGAGCUCUGGUUUACGUUGGGACUGAUUUUCUGUCGUCUCCAUUGUGGGACAAAUACAUUGAGUAUGAGUGCAUGCAGCAGGACUGGAGCCGAGUUACCAUGAUUUACACCAAAAUAUUGGAAAAUCCUAUUCAAAAUCUUGAUAGAUACUUCGCCAACUUUAAGGAACUAGCCGAAACAAGGCCUCUGUUAGAACUAAGGAGUGCCGAGGAAUCUGCGGCAGUUGCAGCUGCUAGUGAUGCUUCUAAAGCUGCACCAUCUGAGUCUGAUGGAAAGGCAGAUGAAGAAAAAUCUCAAGCUGAUGGUUCCUCCGAACAAUCUCCCAAAUUGGAAACUGCUGGUUCAACUGACCCCGAGGAGUUGAAGAAAUACAUUGCCAUCAGAGAAGCCAUGUAUAUUAAAGCCAAAGAGUUUGAAUCCAAGAUCAUUGGUUUUGAAAUGGCUAUAAGAAGGCCAUAUUUCCAUGUGCGGCCUCUCAAUGCUGCAGAGCUAGAGAACUGGCAUAACUAUCUGGAUUUCAUAGAGAAGGAUGGAGACUUUAAUAAGGUUGUCAAGCUAUAUGAAAGAUGUCUAGUGGCAUGUGCAAAUUACCCUGAAUACUGGAUUCGAUAUGUACUAAGCAUGGAAACAAGUGGAAGUAUGGACCUUGCAGACAACGCCCUUGCUCGAGCAACUCAAGUGUUUGUCAAGAGACAACCAGAAAUUCACCUUUUUGCUGCUCGAUUAAAAGAGCAAAAUGGGGACAUAGCUGGUGCAAGAGCUGCAUUCCAAUUAGUGCAUUCUGAAAUUUCUCCCGGACUUGUUGAAGCAGUGAUUAAACAUGCUAACAUGGAACAGCGACAAGGAAAUCUUGAGGAUGCUUUCGCAUUGUAUGAGCAAGUGAUUGCUCUUGAAAAGGGAAAAGAGAACUCCACAGUACUGCCGCUGCUGUAUGCUCAGUAUUCAAGAUUUUCAUAUUUGGUUUCAGGGGACGCUGAGAAAGCUAGGAAGAUUCUAGUCGAAGCACUUGACCACGUGCAGCCUUCAAAACCUCUCCUGGAAACAGUGCUUCAUUUUGAGAGUUUUCUACCAGCACCAAGACAGAUUGAUUACCUUGCGCCAUUUGUUGAGAAGGUUAUAAAUCCAAAUUCAGAUGCCCAGAACGUUGCAAGCUCCACUGAGAGAGAAGAGCUAUCGUUGAUAUAUAUAGAGUUCUUGGGCCUUUUUAGAGAUGUCAAGACCAUCAAAAAGGCAGAAGAUCAACACGCUAAACUCUUUCGCCGGAGCACGUCAGAGCUGAGAAAGCGUAGCGCAGAUGAGUUUCUAUCUUCUGAUAGGACAAAAAUGGCGAAAACAUAUAACGGCACUCCUCCUGCUCAGCCAGCGUCUGCACAGUCUCAAUGGUCUGGUGGAUACGCUGCACAGCCUCAGACUUGGCCACAAGCACAAGCCGCUCCUGCACAACCACAACAAUGGAACCCCGCCUAUGGCCAGCAGGCUGCGUAUGGUGCAUAUCCCGCUGGUUAUACUGCUCCACAAGCACCAGCACCAGCACCAGUGCCACAAGCUACUGCUUAUGGCGCAUAUCCUGCUCAGGCAUAUCCAGCACAGAGUUACGCACCUCCUGUUGCUGGUGCAGCACCGGUGCAGCAACCCACUGCUGCUGCUCCUCAAGCUUACUACAACACUUACUACUGAGCCUGUUGUUGGUGUUGUUUUUCUUUCGUUUUUGUUAUGAGAUCUAUAUAAACCAUCUCCUCCUCCUUAGCUACUCAAGUUUAGCAUAUCUGACUCGCGUCUGAAUGUUUACAUGUCUAUGUUCUCGGUCAGUGACACAUGAGUUUUACUUUUCAGUUGCUUGAUCCGUAAAAGGUUCUUGAAUUUCGCUGGUAAUGAUACAGAUUGUAACAGGAGACUUUUGAAUCGAUGAACCGGUUAGUUCGGUUUAAAUGAUGACUUUUUGAAA